ACCCAGGACGUGACAGCUCAGCUCUGGAAACGUCACCGAAUUCGAUCGGAUAAUUGAAAGAGGGAAACAUGUGACUAGGCAGAAGGAGACCCCUCAGCGAGGAGUCCGAAUGGCGAUACACCUAGAAAUUCUCGGGCUGUGAUGCUCACGAACCGAAAACGAAGCCAGUGGAAUUCGAGAAACAGUUGGAUUCCCGAACAGUUGUAUCAGCCACUUUUACAACCACAAGAAACCCAAGUCGAGCAGGAGCCUCCGUCUGUCUUAGAUCGUUUGUUGGAUCCGGGAGACGGCGAUUACUCACAUCUUUUGCCCGACAUGACGUUCCGGGAUCGAUCAGCGGAGUUCGCCAGCGCGGCAAAACAAAUAAUGCAAAGCAGAAUGGGCAAUGGAGUCCGCGCCGCGAAUGGGGGACGUCGAAUCAAUUCUCGUAUUCCUGAAGACUACUCACUGUUCAUGAGGGCUUCGAGUCAAAUCGGUCGGGACAUCACGGCGACUUUCGUCAAAUUAGAGAAAUUGGCGCUCCUCGCCAAGAAGAAGUCCAUGUUCGAUGACCAGCCAAUUGAAAUCGAGGAACUGACUUACAUCAUCAAACAAGACAUCGCUUCCCUCAAUAAGCAGAUCGCUCAGCUACAACAGCUGGCUCGGUCACGUAAUUCCUCAUCCGGGAAACACAUAGCGACGCAUUCAAAUUCUAUUGUCGUCUCAUUGCAAUCAAAACUGGCGUCGAUGUCCAGUGAUUUCAAACAAGUGUUGGACAUCAGAACCGAAAAUCUGAAGAAACAACAGUCGCGACGGCAACAAUUCUCCUCGGCGGCACCGCUAGGCUCAUCGGCGUCUACGCCUUCCCUGCUCGUUGCGGAUGAAGAAGCAGCUCAAGCGAGGACCCGGCAGGAUACUGCGAUCGAUAUGGGAGGAGGUUUUUCGCUCGUCUCAAAUCUCACAAUGCUACGGGACGAUCAGGAUGCGUAUUAUCAGCAACGGGCGGAUACGAUGCAGAACAUCGAGACCACGAUUGUCGAGCUCGGUGGCAUUUUCCAACAACUCGCGCACAUGGUCAAAGAACAAGAGGAAACCAUCGAACGAGUCGACUCAAAUAUUGAAGACACCUCAAUGAAUGUCGAAGCCGCCCAUGCAGAGCUCCUGAAAUAUUUUCAAUCAAUUUCUGGCAAUCGAUGGCUUAUGAUCAAAGUGUUCGCUGUGCUGAUUGUUUUCUUUUUUCUGUUCGUUGUUAUAGCUACGUGAGGUGACUUGUUCCGGCUAGUGGGGUACCGCUUUUUCAUAUCGAUGAAGUUCAAUGAGCCGGCGGAGCGGUCCGGCAGUAACAUGUGAUACUGAAAACACGGAACGGAGGUUGUUGAAAAGUUUCUAUGAAUAAUAAAAAUGAAGGAU